AUGACUUUGCUUAAUUGCCGUAUGGAAGCAAAUGAAAGAGUUUCGUUUGGAUUUGAAGAGUUAUAUGCUCCAAGACGAAGAACCAGACUCCUUACUCCUAUUGUGACUUAUGUGGUGAUGAUAUCCAGUUGUUAUAAUGCUAUUUCUCACGAUGAUCUCUUCUUUUCCGGCAAGGUCAAUAGUCUACAACCCGGGAGACAAGAAAAACAAAAGCAAGAGUUGCGUUUGGAUUUGAGGAGUUGGAUUCUACAAAAACAAGCUAUCUACAAUUGGUCAUCUUAUUUGAAGUUCUUCUACGACAAAAAUAAGUUCAAUUCCAAUAUGAUCAACUGA